GUUGUUGGUUAUGUUCACCAUAACCCCACAUUUUUAUGUACAAAUACAAUGUUUUUCUCAAUAAUGUGAUUAAACAUGAUCGAAAACGUGAAGGCUAAAGAAGGAUUAAAAGAAAUAUUCUCCAAAUUUGAAGAUGUAGACUUGUUUGCAUUGGCUGCUACAGUUACACAAGGCUUGUUAAAAAAGAAGUUAAAUAACAGAGAAGAUGCAGUUAAUGCAAUCUUAACUUAUUCAACAGAUUUGCACAGUCUAUUAAAACGGAGAAGCGUCACUAAAGAAAUAUUGUUUUCAUAUUUACAUGAUAAAAACAUCCCAGUUAAACUGCCUCUCACAAAAAUUGAUGUCAUAGAAAAAAUUACUGAAUAUUGGGAAGUUCCUAUGAUAAAAUUAGACUCUAAAACAUCAGAGGAAACUAUUGAAAACAUCUCAAAAACCCACUCAACAGAAAUAUGUGUUUCCAGAGAUGACCAUGGGAUAGACUCGUUAGCUGAACAUUUUGUCAAAUGGUUUUUUGGUAUGGUGAAUCAAAAGGAGGAGAUUUCAAGCCAUUUCUUCAAUGAUUCUCGCUGCAAAAUUACAUUUUAUGAUGUAAAUAUAGACUGCAAGGUAAUUGAGAAUAACCCACAAGAUAUUGGGUCCACCCUCUUAAGCUUGUCAGUCCAAAACAAACUGUUUUUUAACCCAAAUUUUACCUCAGAUGGAGUUCAAGGAAGAAUGGAUCCUCAUGGGUUAGUCAUGGUUCUAGUGUGUGGUACUCUACAUCAUAAUGAAAACUGUGUAGGUGUUUUUGAACAAGUUUUUGCCUUGGCAAGGGAUCCAUUUAGUGAGAACAACUGGAAGAUUAAAAGUACAGAACUAAAUUUGAGAGUGAAAAAUGUAGAUAAACCUCCAUGUCUGACCGAUAGUGACUUGACCAAUGAUGUCUUGUUAAGUUUGCCUAACACUGAAUAAAUAGAUUUAUGUUAUUAAUUA